CAAGCUUACCCUCUGCCCUUUGUCAAAUUCUUCCCCCACACCCACCCGCUGGCAGAGCAGUGACAAAAUCCCAAUGUGUCUGAGUUAAUAGUAAAAAGUCUGCCUUCUCUGGCUCCAGCUGCUGUUUCGGAAUCCUGCUCCCCGAGGGACUUCUUUGUGCUGGACACCAUCAUGGGACCCAUAGAAACACAACAGUCUUCUUCUUUGUCAAGAAAGGAUGAGAAAAAUGAACCACUUAAACCUGCUUUUCCAGACUGCUUGUUUACUGAAGAUCCUGUAUCUGACCUGACCCCACUAGAGUCAACUCGUGUAGAUGAGAGCUUUCAGGCAGAAUGGGCUGAGCCAUUUGAGCUCCUCACUAUCCCUGAAGACCAGUUUGAAGAUUAUGGGGAGGUGGUGAGUUCAUGCAGCAUAAGGAGCAGCAGCUGCAGAGUACAUGACAGCUGUGCCUGUGACCUUUCCAGCAUGGACCCAGAGGUGUCUUCAAACAGUGAAUCUGUAGAAAAGCUGAGCUUUUUGGAAGAUCGGAUAUUGGAAUUGGAAGGGGAGAACUUUCAGAGAGAAGAGAAAGAACAGAAACUGCACCAGAUCAACAAGGACCUGACAAAAAAGAUAUACUCUCUGGAAGAGCAGAUCCAGGAACAGAAGCUGCAACUGGAGGAAGAGAAAAGGGAAAUUCUUUCUCAGAGAGAGUCCUGUUUCCUUAAGGCAGAGAGGAAGUGGCGUCUAGAAAUGGAAAAGUUAAAUGCACGAAUAAAAGUGUUACAGGAUGAUAAUGGCCAGUUGUCUCAGUCUGUCACAGCUCUCAAUGCCCAGAACAGAGUCCUGGAAAAGAAAGUCCAGAGCUUGGUGAGUGAAGUCCUUGAAACGGCCGAGAGUCUGGAGACGGAGCGGGAGAGGAGCAGGAUGUGGGAAGAGGCCCUGACUCAGCAAAGAGAAGCUUGGCAACGUGAAAGGCAGGAGGCAGCACAGCUGGUUGAAGAUCUGCGAUGUGAGCUUAGCAGGUUCCAGAGCACAGACUGCGAGCUGCAAUGCUGUGAUGAUACGGGAAGUACCCACAGCCUCUGGGAAGAGUGUGAAAUGGAGAAGCAGAGACUGGCAGAUGAGAAUCAAAGUCUACGGGAAAUGAAUGAAGAUCUGCAGGAUGCUCUGCUUGUACAAAAUGGGUCCCUCUGCUUCUCACACAGAACCCAUGGAGAGGACUCUCAUUCCAAGCCAAGUUCUCCUGUCCACACCAUUGCCGAAGAGAUUGAUGUGUGUACAAAACAGCAGAUUUCAGCCCUUAAUGAGCAGAAAGAGAUCAAUCGACGCCUGCGCCAGUAUCUAGAUCGUGUAAUCCUUACUGUUUUAGAAAAAGACCCCGCUCUUCUUGAAAUCAAGCCAUCUCUAUGAGCCAUUGAUUGAGUGUUGGGAAGAUUAUAGUUGGGUAGUAAAUACAUGUUUUGUUUUUUUUUAAAUUCACUGAGGGACAUAGGCCUAAUAAUGUAUUACCAAUAUGAGCUGGUCUCAUCCUUUAAUUGCUCACUACUCACACUGUGUAAACCUGUGCUGAUGAAUUAUUUGAAAAGGCUGCAAUUUAAUGUCUGCCAGUAAAAAAAUUGUAUUUAUUUUUUAAUUAUUGGUGUCUUUUUGUAAGUCACUGUUUCACACAAUCCUAAAGUCCCAAUUUAAUACAUAGCCACUUUUUUUUUUUACUUUCGCCCGAAAAUGUACACUCUGCAUAGAGGUGAGGAGAGGCUUUGUCUCUGUAGAAGACUUUAAAUGUAUGUGUCUGUAAGUGAUGCCAAGGAUAUUCUGUGAAUAUGCUACUCAGGGAAGUCAUUGAUAUUAAAUAUAUAUUGAAUGUGCA